CUGAGCGACCAGACGCAUGCACUGGGAUCUGACCUGCAAAUGCACAUCUGUGCGGUGAGGAUUCUACGAACGGCAGACCGAACACUGUAGCCCGAAUUAUUACCGUACUGCCUGAGUGUCGCUUGUGUCAUCUACCGAUGCGCGUCUUCCGCUCUGCUCUCCAAUGGGUGCUCUCCGCAUCUAGCAUAGUACCCCACUGCAUACCUACGGACCCGGCCAGUUCACCCAAGAGUAUCGCGAUAGUGGGAGCGGGCUCUGGAGGACUGGCGGCGUUGAAGGCGUUGCUUGAUCUUCCACAAGAGACGCGAAGGGACUGGCAGAUCGACCUAUUCGAGCAGCGAGACCAUGUAGGUGGGAUUUGGCUUGCGCAAACCGAUACACCGUCGCCGCCCGACCUCCCGGACACACCCAUGUAUCCUUCAUUGCGGACAAACCUCCCUCAUCCGACCAUGACGUAUCCACACUUUCCUUACCCUCCCAUGACGGCUCUGUACCCAGGUUAUAGUGCUGUGCAAGCGUACCACGAACAUUUUGCUCAACACUAUAAUCUGACGCCGUAUAUCCAUUUCUCGCAUACAGUAGUCAAUGCGAGCUAUCACCAGGAGACGCAUUGGACAAUUGAGAUCGAGUUGAACGGCACUGCGCUGCCGGAGCAGAGAUAUGACCAUUUGAUAGUAGCAAAUGGGCACAACCAUUACCCGCAUAUACCUCGAUGGGACGGACUAGAAAUGUGGCUCUCGUCCAGCGGUCAGAGAGAAAUGCAUCACUCUCUAUGGUACAGAGAGCCCGACAGGUAUCGGAAUCACACUGUGGUGGUAGUCGGCAACGGCGACAGCGGUCGCGACAUAGCAAUGCAUGUCAGCAAAGUGGCGAAGAAAGUUUAUCAUUCAUACGACAACAAUACACGCGAGCCGGUCUUUAGCCCCCCGGUGCCCAGCGCAAUCUACAAGCCUCGAAUAUCCCACCUUACAAAUUCGGCCAUUGUCUUCACUGAUAACACUACUUUGUCGACUUCAGGGCCUACCACAAUUCUCCUUGCCACCGGAUACGACCUUGUCGUACCUUUCCUGAGCCCUCUUGCGACGUCUCCGUUUGUCGACUACUCCACUAUUACACUUACGACUAACCGACGAUACAUUCGCCCACUCUAUCGCCAUGUGCUGGCUCUGGAUCCAGAGCUACCUCCUAAUGCCCUGGCAUUCAUUGGUCUGCCGAUGUGGGUGGCUACGGCGCCUAGCGACUACGCUCAGGGGUUAUUCGUAGCACAUGCGAUUGCCGAUAGCGCGAUGCUCUCGAGUAGAGAGACCAUGCUCCUAGAGCUCGAAAAUAGUGAGAGAGCGCUGGAAGCACAAGGAAUCGACCCAUUCUUCAACGGCCACCGUCUGCAGGGCAGAACACGCCCUGUUGAUUACCAAGAAGAAUUCAUAGCAUACUUACGCGCCAACUCGAGCGUGGCGCUCCCGCCGUUCCUAGCUGAUGGUCGUCCAUAUGUCGAGCGCUGGCGGCGGGACGUCAGACAGUAUAUCUUCCUGUUGAAGAAAGCUUGGGCGCGAGCGGAAGAGCUCGGUCUUCAGGAUGCUUUUAUUCGGGGUGCGGUUACCGAGGAGGAAUGGGCGGAAGUGAUGGAACGUCUAAAGGAGUGGUAUGUACAAGAAGAGGAGGACAGGUUGCCUACGAUAUCGGUAUUACGGGUGGAAGACAACGAAGGUUAAUUGUACGUGACACGCUGGGGUCGUAAGGCAGUUCGCCAGAAAUGUUGGUCUCACCCGCGGCGUGGUCCUGGAGUUACUGCCUUGGAGAAGUACACAUCCGACCCAGAAUUGGCUCACGACCUGGCUCAGCAGUUGCAUAUAACCUCGCUCAUGCACGCAAUUCCAUGCAUGUAUGUCCCCCUCAUAGGCUGGCGUCGCGCGUUUUGGAUUCUAUUGUUUU